CACAAUCUCAGAAUUGCUGAGUUGUAGAGACAGUCAACAGUGGAGCCAUGAUCCGAGUCUACUGGAGUGCCAUUGCUGCUGUCUGCCUUGGAUUGGCAGGUGCCUCUAAAGAGCACAUCAUUGAUGGGAAGGAAGUCAAACCCCACCACCGACCCUACAUGGCCUUCUUGCUAGCAGAAGUUGGUCCACACUCCUACAUCUGUGGAGGGUUCCUCAUUCAUCCUGAGUUCAUCCUGACAGCAGCCCACUGCGAAGGAGAGAAAGUCAUUGCUUUUCUAGGAGCUCAUAAUCUCUCACACCCUGAGAAAUCCUGGCAGAAGAUCACAGUAAAAGAAAUCAUCCCUCAUGAACAUUACGAUGAGAAGACUAUUGUGAAUGACAUCAUGCUUCUGAAGCUGGAGCACAGUGCCGAUAUUACGAAUGAAGUGAAGACAAUCCGCAUUCCAGACAUGGACGAGUCCUUCCAGCCUGGCAGCACCUGCUCUGUGGCCGGAUGGGGAAAUACUGCAAGCAAUGGGAUGAACAGCGACGUGCUGAUGGAGGCGGAGGUGGAGAUCCAGAAACACUGUGACCACAACACUCAGAUCUGUGCAAGAGGCACUGGCAGGAAAGGGGCCUGUGUUGGAGACUCAGGAGGCCCACUGGUUUGCUUGGAUGGCAACAACAUUCCUACUGGUGUGGGGAUCGUAUCUUAUGGUCCAAAGAAAUGUGAACAACCUGGCAAAAAUGCCUACACAAAGGUGUCAGCAUAUCGAGAGUGGAUCGAUAGCAAAAUAGAGGCCAGCUCUACUGCUUGAGGCCUGUCAUGGAGUUGGGUAAAGACCACCAUAACUUGCACUAAGCCAUGUAAGAUCCUCAGUGGCAAUCAAUAGCACUAAUGCCAAGUGCAAUAGCAAAAUGUGAGGGGAAAACUGGCAAUCUCUGCAAUUAUUACCCAGCAAUACCCAACAGUUCAUGUAACUGCUUAAGUGCUCCAAUAAAAUCUGAAUGGUCAAUU